AUGGGACCGACUCUGGUCUGGAUCUUCUGCUCGGGAGUGAGUGCGCUCGCCUUGUCGUCCUUGUCUGUGGAUUCUGGUUUGGCAUCAGGGUCCUUCUUCUCCAGGAUCUUGUACUUGAGCGUGGUGAUCGAGCACCCGACCCCAUCGGUGGUGAUCUCGCAACCAAAGAGCUGCUUCCCCUUCUCCCUGGCACCAAAGAGUCUCGGAUCCAGCUUGAAGUUGGUCUGCCAGAAGGUCUCUUGCUUUGUGGUGUCAUUGACCUUGGUCUUCAGGUCGUCCCACUUGAGACCAGUGCCAGUCUGGUAUCCAAGGAUUUCCCACAGUGCUUUGGUGUCGAGCUUGACAUACUUGGCUCGGGCAUCGCAGAGUGGGACCAAGGUGCACUGUGCUCGAGGGAUGUUGAGUCUCUUCUUGGUCUGGGCAAGCCGGUCGGUCAAUCGCUUGAUCCGCUUCGUGUUCACAGCGAUCUGCUUGCACACCUCCUCGUGCUGGGUCUGGAGUGCGUUGUAUUGAUCCGACUGCCUACGUUCGAUGGCGCGACACAUUUCCUCGUUCAGCCGUCCGCGCUCUCCUUUCAGAUCAUCGGUAUCCCUCACGAGCCUGGGGAUGAUCAUCUUCUGAAAGACCACCAUGAAGAGGGCCUCCUUCAGGUGGGUCAGGCGAGAGACCUCACUGACCAGAAUUGGUACGACUUUGUACAGGUCCUGGUGGCUUUCGUACCGAAGCUCAUACAACUGGUCGGCAUGGUGGGCGAAGGAUUUCUUCAGAUCACCGAGGAGUGUCUUGGAGAGGGGGUUCUCCAUCAGCUUCAUGCACUCAUCGACGUGUGUGUGCCGUUU